AUGGAACCAAUUACAGUGAUGUCCCGAGAUGAAGUGGAUGAGAAGACGUUGUCGGAGAUUGCAGACACCUGUGAUGUCUCCGUGGAUCAGAUCGAGGACAUAUAUUCAUGUACGCCUCUCCAGAUUAGCACCAUUGCCGAAUCUGCGAUCCACACCGGCGCCAGUGUGUUCCGAUUUUUCUUCACGCUUGCGCCAUCUGUUGACGUUGAUCGAUUCUGCGCUGCACUUGCCCGGGUAUCCUCUCUCAACGCUAUCCUCCGCACUCGACUGGUUGACUGCCGUUUUGGGCUUCUACAGGUUGUCAGUCGAGAGGAACAUUGCACAGAGCGCUACUCAGGCGAUAUUGGAGAAUAUAUUCAUCAAGAGAAAGAGUCUUCCUUGGAACUCGGAAGGCCACUCUUUCGUUCUGCAAUAAUCGACCGGAAGUUGGUGUUGACCAUGCACCACGCAGUUAUGGAUCACGCCUCCCUCACGCCUUUGUUUCGAGAUACCUUUUGUGCUUACCAUGGCUAUGACCCCAUGAGACGUGAAACUUUUAAAGAAUUUGUGGCACACUGUCUCAGCAUCGAUGAGUCUGUGGCGAAGUCUUUCUGGGCAUCUCGGUUUAAAGGUGCUUCGGCUGUGUUUCCAGCAGUCUUUCCAGGACAUGUCCCCCAUGCAACAAACAGGAUGACACGAAAAGUCAUUCUGAGUGGUAUUGGCACCGAGGUCCCACUGACCCAUGUGCCGUCGUUGAUCGAAUCAGCGUGGGCCUUGACAGCUGCAGCAUAUACAGACAGCAAAAGCGUUGCAUUUGGGCUUAUCCUCUCAGGUCGAUCACCCGCUCUGAAAGGGUUGGAGACCACUUUGGGACCCACCAUCGCCACGGCCUCCGUGCAGAUCAGCUUGCAGCGCAAUAUGACUGUGGAGGGAAUUCUUAAGGAGAGAAACACAGCGCUGCGAGAGCUCCAAUUACAUUCCGCAUUACAAUAUGGCACCGCGCGAAUCCGUACUGUCAGCGAGGCAGCCCGGACUGCGUCAAGCUUCCAAACCCUACUCAAUAUCCGUCCGCGAUGGUAUGACCCUAAUGAGUCGACCGAGAUCAUGUAUGACCACAUGGAUGAGCCUCAUCCAGCUUUUGGCCUGUUCAUCUCGUGCGAUUUGCUGAGUGAUGGCAUCUUGAUCGAGGCUAAAUCCGAUCCGGCUAUCGUCUGUGAGCGCCAGCUGCGGCGGAUUCUGUAUCAGUUUGAGCACACCCUACGGUCUCUCAUAGCAGCCCCGCCUCAAACAAAGAUAGAGAAACUGUUGCUUUUCAACCCAGACGACCGUUCGGAGAUCCUCGAGUGGAACAUCAAUCUGGCCCCAUCGGUAGAGAAGUGUCUUCAUGAGCUUUUCAGUGCUCAAGCUCGGGAGCAACCUGACGCCCCAGCGGUUGAAGCUGGUGAUGGAACCGUUAGCUAUUGCAAACUGGACGCACUAUCAAAUCGACUAGCUCACGAGCUGCGACGAAGGGGCGUCACAGCUGAAUGUCCUGUGGCUUUUAUCUUUGAGAAGUCGCUUUGGACGGUCGUUGCUGUACUUGCCAUCAUGAAAGCAGGCGGUGCAUGUGUCCCUAUCGAGAGGUCUGAUCCACGCGCCCGCAAAGAAACUAUUAUCUCAAGCACAAAUGCAAAGACCAUCUUAACCUCGUCCGCGGAGCAUGCCAAUACGGUUGGUCUUGCGCCUAGUGUCAUUUGUGUUAGCGCAGAGUCCGUCUCCAAGCUUCCAGACGUGACCACUCCUCUUGAUAAUGAGUCAAGCAAUCCAGAAAGCCUUGCCUACAUUAUGUUUACCAGUGGGAGUACUGGUGUUCCCAAAGGUGUUAUGCUAGAGCAUCGCUGCUUGGUUUCGUCUCUUACUUCCCUCGCUCAACGGUUUGACUGGCGGCCAGGCAGUCGAAUACUCCAAUUUGCCGCUCAUGUCUGGGAUAUCAGCAUGGGUGAAACUUAUGGGGCCCUUUUAUUUGGUGGCUGCCUUUGCAUACCAUCAGAGGAGGCACGCGAGUCGAAUCUCGCCCAUUUCAUCGAGUCCAGCAAAGUCAACUGGGCAUGGCUGACACCUACGGUUCUUCGUACCUUGUCGCCAGAUGAUGUACCUAGCCUGGAGUCGCUUCUUUCAAUCGGUGAACCAAUCAGCGCCGGUGCUGCGAAAACUUGGGGUAGAUCACUUCGCCUUCACAACGGUUGGGGCCCAUGCGAAGCCUCCAUUCUCAGCACUGUCGCAGAGCUCAAGCCAGACUGUCGCUAUCCUGAAAGCAUCGGUACCCCCGUGGGCUGUGCCAUCUGGAUUGUAAAUUCUGGAAAGGCUAAUGAGCUUGCACCAAUUGGCGCCGUCGGAGAGGUUCUGGUUGAAGGCCCGGGUGUUGCUCGGGGCUAUCUGAAUGAUAAGGUCAAAACGGCGGCUUCUUUCAUUACGUCACCUUCCUGGGCUCCUUCUCGCAAGACACCCACUCGCUUUUACCGCACUGGAGACCUCGCCAAGUAUAACCCUGACGGGAGUAUCUGCUUCAUUGGCAGACAGGACAACCAGGUCAAAAUACGGGGUCAGAGGUUCGAGCUAGGGGAGCUCGAGGGUGUUCUCGCUAGCUGCAGCGAAGUGCGAGAUGUUUUCGCUACAACGAAGAUUGCCGCAGGUCGAACUGAGCUUGUCGCUGUCAUCUGCUCAGCUGAUCUUCAGCUGCCGAGAGGAAGGGCCCUGAAGGGAAUAUCAGCCGAGCUCAGUGCUCCACACCUCUUCGCCGUCCGCGAUUAUGCGCGAGCAAGACUUCCCUCAUACAUGGUCCCGACUAUCUGGCUGGCCGUUGAACAGAUGCCCCUAACAACAUCUGCAAAGUUGGACCGAACAUCCAUCAGUAACUGGCUCAAAACAAAAGAUCUUUCAUCUGCCAAAGCUGCUCUGGGCUCGCAGGCAGCUGCGAAAUUGACAACUCCUGUCACCCGCGAAGAGAAGUUACUACAGUCCAUUUGGUCUUCUAUGCUGGUCAUUCCAGAACAGGAGAUUGGACGUGAAAGUUCCUUUGUCCAGCUCGGCGGAGACUCGAUAUUGGCUAUGCAAGUAUCCAGUCGUUGCCGUAAACAUGGGCUUCGCACGACGACAGCGGCGUUGCUCAAGAGCGAUUGUCUCGCUACAGUUGCCAGGCUAUCAUCUGCCGUAGAGACUGACUUGGAUUUCGGAGCGUCUAGCAGGACAGGCUCCCAGAAUAACCCGGAGAAUGGCAUCAACAAUGCAGGUUUCGAGGCUUUGGAUGCUUUAACCACUCGCCUCUCUCAUCUUAGUCUGCCAGAAGCCCAUCUGCGGCGCGAGAACAUAGAGAGCGUCUGUUUUGCAACCGAUUCUCAGGCCGUUAUGCUAGCACUAGGUGAAGUAGGAGAAAAAGCAUAUUAUAUCGAUUUUAGCCUCCAAUUCACACCCGCACUUGACGCGUCAAGGCUUCGAAAUGCCUGUGAGCAGGUUAUCCAACACCACCCAAUGCUGCGAACUGUCUUCUUCCAGCAUGGUUCAGCACUUUAUCAAGCUGUGACAAAGGACCUGCCUGCAGAAAUGAUAAUUAAUGAGAAAGGGAAAUCAGCUCGGACUGUGGCCUUCCCUGGCAGUGCCAGUCUGGCUCGCUUUCACCUGUUUACCGAUGACCAAACUUGCCAUCGCCUCCGCCUUGAGCUUCAUCAUGCCCUGUACGACGCUAUCUCUAUAGGCUUGAUAUUCCAGGAUCUCGAUGUCGCAUAUACAGGCAAUACUCUUUCACAUGGCCCUUCUUUCCAUUCGUGGAUCCUGCAUGUUGGAUCUCUUGAUCAGUCUGAGGCGCGACAAUAUUGGAAAGAUUUACUACAAGGGGCCUCGAUUCCAGAUCUGAUACCGCCCUUAGAAAGCCCAAUACGUGGCCAUCCGCUCAAAGAGGAGGUACGAAUCCGAGUCCCACUCCGCAACCUGCACACACAAUUUGGAACGCCAUCAAGCGUGCUGAAAGCAGCAUGGUCUCUUUUACUAUCUGGUGCUCUUGGGACGAACGAUGUUGUGUUUGGCGAGGUUAGCGCCAAUCGCUAUUUGCCAUUUGCGGAAAUCGAGCGAGUAUCAGGACCUUGUGUGAACACUCUUCCAGUCAGGGCACGCCUUGGCCAGCAGAUGACAUUGUGUUCGUUGAUCACGCAAAUUCAAGAUCAGUCAAUUGCAGGUCUUCCAUAUCACCAUCUUGGUUUCCGCUCUCUCAUUAAAGACUGCACCACCUGGCCUCCCUGGAUGCGGUUCAGCUCUGCCCUCGUCUAUCAAAACCAUGGAUCAUUCGAUUCCUCUCUCGAAAUUGGGGGCUCAUGUUGUGAACUCUCGAGCGAAGGCACACUUGGAGAAGCCGCCGAUAUCUUCGCUAUAGCAACUCCGAUUGCAGAAAGUCUGCAGAUCGAGCUGCGCUAUUCCUCAAACAUACUCCCCUCGAUGCAAAUAAAUUGGAUAUCCCAGUCUUUGGCCAUGAUUCUUGAAGGAAUGCCUUCUAAUAUGAAUCAGAGUCUGGGUCACGUUCAGAAUUCUCUGCAGGACACCCUCGGCUCCUAUGUGAUGCCUCUGGUGUGUCCGGCUCCAUCGUCAGAUCUGGUCAACGGAAGUUCGCAGUCUCCAUCAGCACGAGCAGAGGAACUUGUAUCGCAGGCUUGGGGCGAUGUGGGACUACUCUCCGCAGACAAAAGUCAGGAUAGUUUGAUGUUUUCGUGUGGGGCAGACGUUGUGACUGCGCUGUUGCUCUCCGAGUACUACCGUUCCUGUGGGCACGACAUUAGCACUGACGAGGUGAUUUGGCACCCGAGUCGCGCCAUGCAGGCUCAAUUGGUUGAAUCAAAGUUUUUAAAGAGCAAGGUAGUGUAG